AUGUCAACUUCCGGAAACAAGCCUGUUUCUCAUGUGAUCUUUGAUAUGGAUGGACUUCUGCUAGAUACAGAAAGACUAUACACUGUAGCCUCCAAUGAAUUAUGUGAAAAAUAUGGGAAAACAUUCACAUGGGAAAUCAAAGCAAAACAAAUGGGAAAGAAAGAACAAGAAUCAGCAAAAAUAUUAAUAAAUGAGUUAGAGCUUCCUAUAACUGUGGAGGAAUAUCUGAGACAAAUGCAUGAAGCACAGGAGAGACUUUUUCCACACUGUGAGCUUCUGCCAGGUGCAGAAACAUUGAUACGUCACCUGUCACAACACAACAUUCCAAUCGCUAUAGCAACUGGCUCAAACAAAUUCAACUAUGAAUUAAAAACCAGAAAUCACCAAGAAUUAUUUGAAUUGUUUCACCAUGUUGUUCUCAGUAGUAGUGAUCCAGAUGUGAUACAUGGGAAACCAGCUCCAGAUUGCUUUCUAGUCGCAGCUCAGAGAUUUGAUGAGAAACCAAUUCCAGAUAAGUGUCUAGUAUUUGAAGAUGCCAACAAUGGAGCCUUGGGUGCAAUAAAUGCAGGCAUGCAGUGUAUAUGGAUACCAGAUAAACAAGCUGACCAAUCACAACUCCGGGAUAAAUUAACAAAGAGUGUAUUCCACUUACAGUGGUAUUCGACUUGACAUGGUUAAAGGGGCAACAAAGACCAGAGGCAGGUUGAGAGAAUAUUGAGGCAUUUAGAGUUAAAUGAUGCAGAUAAUCCAAUGUGCCUACAGGUGGACUCUCCACUCAACAGAUAUCUCUCAAAGCCUAUCAACAAUCAAAAAAGUUUUAAAUUCAAGACUGGAUUAGCAGAGAUUAAAGGCAAAGUGGCUUAAAGAAAUUGCUUUACACUGGAAAUCAUGGUGUAGGCCUAUUUGAUAGAUGUUGCCCUUUGUGCUUCCCUAAAGAUUCAGUUGGCUGUAAAAUAGAUGCACCAAAAGUGGAGAACUUCAAAUAAUUUGACAUUAUGCAAUUCGUUUAAAAUGGCUUGAUCCAUAUGUUAUGCAAUUCAUUUAAAAUGGCUUAUUCCAUAUGUUAUGCAAUUCGUUUAAAAUGGCUUAUUUUAUAUGUUAUGCAGUUCAUUUAAAAUGGC